AUAGAACCAUGGCGAUGACUCCCUCUGAAGCAUUCCAGGCCCUCAUGAAUGGAAUAACAAGCUGGGAUGUCCCCACAGACCCCAUCCCCAGUGAGCUCCUCCUCAUCGGGAAGGCCUCCUUCCCAGUGAUGGUGAAUGACAAGGGCCAGGUGCUCAUUGCUGCCUCCUCCUAUGGCCAGGGUCGCCUUGUCGUCGUAUCCCAUGAAGACUACUUGUUGCAUGCUGGCUUGGCUCCAUUUCUUGCCAAUGCAGUGGCUUGGCUCCGUGUCUCCCCUGAAGCUCCCACUAGGGUGCACCCAUCCUUGGAACCCCUAGUGAACAUCUUGAAGAAUGCCGGGGUGGAGGCACAGACUGUGGCAGAACCUGGGGAGCCCCGGGGGGCUUACUGUAUCAGUGCCUACCAUGACACCUUGACUGAGAAACUCAUCCAGUUUGUGAAAAAUGGUGGGGGCUUGCUCAUUGGGGGCCAGGCCUGCCAGUGGGCCAGUCAGCACGGCUGUGGCAAAGUGCUGUCCAGUUUCCCUGGGAAUCUGGUGACAAGCAUCGCUGGAGUGUACUUCACUGAUGUCUCUGGGGACAGAGCCCACUUCGAAGUCUCUACCAAGGUGCCCGACAUCCCACUCCAUGUGAGGUGUGGAGAGGAUUUCAGCCAGGAUAAGCAGCAGCUCUUGAAAGACCUCACCACGCUGGACAUCAGUGGAACAGCAGUACCCUCAAGGAUCCUGGUGUUUGGGGAGUUGGCCUUCCCCCUUGGAAUAGAUAACUCAUCCAACUGCUUUCUUGCAGCUGCUCGCUAUGGCUGUGGCCGUGUGGUAGUGUUAGGCCACGAAGUUUACAUCAUGAGCAAAAAAAUGAGCCCAUUUAUAGUAAAUGCUUUGCACUGGCUGUCAGAGAAGAAGAAAGGCAAGAUUGGACUUCAAAAUAAAUUUAAAGUUCUGGGCCCUAUGUUGUCAAAUAAUAAGCUGGAGUGGAGUGUAGCACAACAUUUCAUCAGGGACUUGAGUGUCUUUUGCUGUCAAGAACUUAACAGCAAGAAUGUCAAGGAGAUAGAGGAAUUUGUGGCAGAAGGUGGAGGACUGAUGAUGGGAACACAGCUGUGGUGGCACAGCUAUAUGCACCCAGGAUUUAAUUGCAUGCGCCAUCCAAGUAACCAGUGCCUUGAAAACUUUGGUCUUGCCAUCUUAGAUGAUACAGCCAAUCAAGGAUGCUUCCCAGUCUCCAAGCCAGGAAUGAACAACUACCACUUCCUCAGAGCUCUAUCCCAGUUUGAGGCAAUGCUAUAUGAAAAGGGGAAGAACUUAGAAAAGAAAUGCAUAGAUAAUUUAAUAAGAGAUUGUAAAUAUAUGUUUCAAAUCCAACAUAAGAACAUCCCCAUCUAUGAGUCUAUGAAGAAUCAUGUCAUCAAAAUGGUCAAAUGGAAGGGCUUACCAGUCAUAAACAAGAAAAAGAGUGUCAAGAAUGGAAGCCCUGAGGCUGUCCUGAUAUCCAUGGCUUGCUCACUGGUCAAAGCAGGAAAUGACAGCAAUCUAUUCAUCAGUGAUCCAUCCUUUCUUUCUCCCACAGAACUUCCCAUCACUGUUGAGAUCAAUAAAGGGCACUGCAGUUCUCGUGUGAGCACUGGACUCUACUUAUGUGCAGGACAGAUUGCAGAAGUUUCACUGCCUGAGACUGCUCUUGUUGCCAAACUGAAGAUACUCAUUGGCUGCCAAACGGACAACAUAAGUCAUCAUGCUAAUUAUCUGCGUCCACCCAUGGUGACACACGAGUUCCUUUUAGAUCAAGCCAAGAAGCACAUCUCCUGGCUCUGGGGGGGCCUCCUGUACAUCCUCGUACCAUCUUCUUACAAACUGGGUACAGUGCCAGUCACCAUUAAGGGUGCUGUGGCAGCUCCAUACUUCAAAUUGGGUAAGACAUCUCAGGAGGACUGGAAGAAGCUUACCGAAAAGAAUGAAGUUCCAUGGGGAGAGCUGGCCACGGAUAACAUCAUCCUGACAGCACCAACUCCAGACCUCCUCCAAGUGAAAGACCCCGCAUCUCUACUGCAGCUCUGGGACGAGAUAAUGAAGGCUGUGGCCCACCUAGCUGCCAAACCUUUCCCUUUCCACAGACCAGAAAGGAUUGUUUUAGAUGUUCAGAUCUCAGCUGGUAUUUUGCAUUCUGGAUACCCAAUCAUGUCAAUAAUGGAAGAAGCACCAAAUAUCCUUAAUGAAAAAAAAAUAAGAGCCGGUGGUCUAUGGGGUGCCUUGCAUGAGUUAGGCCACAACCAACAAGCAGGUGGAUGGAACUUCCCUCCUCAUACCACUGAAGCCACCUGCAACCUCUGGUCUGUCUAUGUGAAUGAGACGGUUCUAGGUGUCCCCAUGUCUCACGCCCAUUCUGCUCUCACUCCUGAAAGGCGGAAACAGAGGAUAGAACAUUACCUGCAAAAGGGAGCACCCCUGAAAAUCUGGAAUGUAUGGACAGCUCUGGAAACAUAUCUUCAGCUCAAGGAGGGUUUUGGCUGGAAGCCAUUCACCCAGAUAUUUGCGGAGUACCAGAAGCUCUCUGGUAUCCCGAAAAACAAUGCUGGCAAGAUGAACCUGUGGGUGGAGAAGUUUUCUCAAAUCGUGAAGAAGAAUUUGGCACCUUUCUUUCAGGCCUGGGGUUGGCCUGUGAGUAAGGAAGUGUCCAAUAAAUUGGCCUCGCUGCCAGAGUGGGAGGAAAACCCAAUGAAGUCAUAUACCUCUGGCCCUAAGAAAUUAUAUUCAUCUGACCCCAUGCAGUUAUAUGUAUGUGAUGAGGGAAUGUGUAAAAUUGUAGAAGAAUUCUUUCUGGAAGAUCAGUCAUUGGAUUCAGCAGAGUAA